UUCACAUAUAUGUAGACAGCCGCUAGUUACCUAACAGCGUCGACCGAAACCAAAACGAGAGUUCUGUCGACCAAGGAUUCUUUUGACCGAUCUAGGCACUUAUUUCGCGUCAAACGUGGAUAGGAAGGGUCUAACAUAGGUAGUUGCCGCUACGAAAAAAAACCCAGUUUAUUGAAAGAGAGUGUAACGUCUGGUGUUUGAACUCCGCGAAUACGUAGUUUUAGCACGCUAGCUAGCCAGCUAAUUGCGCUAGCUGAAGAAGAAAGGCCGUCGAGUUGACCCAACGUCUAAUUCAACAGAACGAAUCGCCCUGGCAGAUUACAGCUGAUCUUUAUUUGCUGGACUGCAAAACUAUCACCUUAAAGACGAGAACACCGAGAGAGGAUGGCUCUGAAAAGGAUCCACAAGGAACUUAAUGACCUGGCCCGUGACCCUCCAGCACAGUGCUCAGCUGGCCCAGUGGGUGAUGACAUGUUUCACUGGCAAGCCACAAUCAUGGGACCUAGUGACAGUCCAUAUCAAGGAGGAGUUUUCUUCUUGACGAUUCAUUUUCCAACAGACUACCCCUUCAAACCCCCCAAGGUUGCAUUCACAACACGAAUUUACCACCCAAAUAUUAACAGUAACGGCAGUAUCUGUCUGGAUAUUCUCAGAUCACAGUGGUCUCCUGCACUUACAAUUUCUAAAGUUCUUCUCUCCAUUUGCUCACUCCUAUGUGACCCAAACCCUGAUGACCCACUAGUGCCAGAGAUUGCACGAAUCUACAAAACAGAUAGUCAGAAGUACAAUAAGCUAGCUCAGGAGUGGACAACAAAGUAUGCCAUGCUUUAGGAUACGUCAAAAUGGCAAAAGAAUGGACACAGAAGUACGCAAUGUGAUGGCAUCGUUUGAAGAGCAGGUGGAAAUCGUUGCUAGUUCAAACUUAAAAUGAUGGGAUUCAGUUUUUCUUUUCCACUGUAUUAUUUUUGGUUAAUCAAAUCAUUUUACCCCCUCUUUUGUUUUUUUUUUACCCACCUGCACGCUCAUAAGAAGAUAGUGUUUUCUCUGUAGGUCACAUGCCAGUUUCUGUCAAAUUGUGACUCCUCCUUUCUUGAGUUAAAGUAAAACAAAUCGUAGCUCUUAACACUCAUGUGAGUGUGGUCAACAUAUUGUAAUAAUUUACACACUUAAACUCCAAUCAAGCUGUUCUCCUGAAACUUGCUAAAAAUCAGUCCCACGAUGCUCCAAUUUGUCAUCUGGCUGGUUUGUCUUGGAUUGCUGCGUUUCUCGCCUGGAAGCCAGGUUUCUAAGGACAUUUAGAGCUUGCUGUUCCCUAAAAAAAAAAAUACAAGUUUCUAAUUGGAGAGUUCUGCAUUUUAUCAGGUACCAGAGGACAUGUUUUGAGAGUGGGGGAACUGGUUGGGGGUUGUCUCAUGGAUUGAUGUGACAUCAGUAUGAUCAAUAGUAUAGGAAUCUGUUAUCUGAUAAGUGUAUCUUAUUCCACUAUCGAAAGUGUGUACAGAGAAGCAGAGCAGCAUAUAUCAAUGUUAUGGAAGCAAAUAUAAGAACUUCAGUGUUGUAUUUUAUGCAUGUUAAUAACGAUAGGCUAUUAUAUCUGUUUCUGCAAAUAAAGUGAAUUGUAAGGUUGAACACUUGGGAAAAUUUGGUUACUCACAAAUGCUUUCCAUUUCUUUUGUUAUUUAGAAGCCAGUAGAUGAGCAGUUAGGUUGUUUUUUUUUAAAUGCCCACUUCAAACACUGUCUUCUUGUAGCCCUGAAAUAUUGGUGCAAAGCUAAAGGUUGAUCAUCAACUUGUGGCUCUGUUUCCUUUUAGUUUUCCCUUCAAUAAAGUUUCUCCAAACAUAA